CUUUUACCCAUCUACCGCGGCAUAGUGUAAAAGUGUUCGCAGUUGCGCUCUUAUUGAUUUUUGUCUCCUUGGAUUAAGAUAGUUCUGUGAUUUUGGUCUUCUAGGUUUACAUCCUCGGAUUUUAAGUUUAAAAAAAAUUGAUCUAAAUUCAACCUUACUUGGUGAAGAUUAGGUUGAUUGUACUUUUUAGUACAUUGUUAUCAUACAGGCGAUAAGAAAUUUGACAACUUUAGAUAACCUAAAUCGAAAAUCUAAGAGUUACGAAUAUUUCCCAGUUUGGUUUGGUGUUUCAUGAACAAGUUAUUUGUAUAAGCAAAGGUGGAAAUGGAUCAGAAGGGUUUCCAGUUUGCAAUCGAUAGAGGGGGCACUUUUACAGAUGUUUUUGCCACUUGUCCCGAUGGCAAAAUACGGGUAAUGAAAUUACUAUCAGUGGAUCCACAGAACUAUGAUGAUGCUCCAAGGGAAGCAAUACGCAGGAUUUUACAAGAGGAAACUGGGAAUGCCUUAGAUGAAGAUGGCAAAGUCAAUUCAUCGCUUAUAGAGUCAAUCCGCAUGGGCACUACAGUUGCAACAAAUGCUCUACUUGAAAGGAAGGGUGCUAAAAUGGCACUUGUUAUCAAUAAAGGCUUCAAAGAUCUUCUGCAUAUUGGAAAUCAGGCCAGACCUAACAUUUUCCAACUGAACAUAAAACGUCCUGACGUGUUAUAUAAAGAGGUGGUGGAAGUAGACUGCCGCGUCAUACCUGGGCUGGAUCAUUGUCAGAUCGACAAGUCCAAAUUAAAAUGGAAAGAAACUUACGGCACUACUGGUCAAAAGAUUCUAGUUGUUAAAGAUGUUGAUGAGGAAGCGGUGCGGAAAGAUUUAAAAGCAUUGAGGGAGAAAGGGAUAGACAGUAUCGCGGUGGUUCUUGCUCAUAGUUAUACUUACAGAGAUCAUGAAUUUAAAAUUGGAAAGAUUGCUAAGGAGUUAGGUUUUAACCAAGUAUCUCUGUCCCAUUCGGUCACAUCCAUGGUGAGAAUGGUUCCGCGAGGGUUCACAGCGUCGGCUGAUGCAUAUUUGACACCACAUAUUAAGGAGUAUGUCAAAGGAUUCUCAGAGGGUUUCACCGAUGGUUUAAAGUACUCCAAUGUACUGUUCAUGCAGUCUGAUGGAGGAUUGACUCCAAUGAAUUUAUUCAACGGAUCACGCGCGAUACUGUCGGGCCCUGCUGGAGGAGUAGUUGGUUAUGCUCUCACUUCCUAUGAAAAGGAGACUGGAUUACCUGUUAUAGGAUUCGAUAUGGGUGGCACCUCAACUGAUGUGUCAAGAUAUGCUGGAGCUUUAGAGCACGUUCACGAGGCGACCACUGCUGGAGUUACCAUACAAGCGCCACAGCUGGAUAUAAAUACAGUAGCGGCCGGCGGUGGUUCUAUGCUAAUGUUCCGUUCAGGCCUCUUCGUAGCUGGGCCGGAGUCUGCGGGGGCGGAGCCCGGGCCCGCUUGUUAUAGGAAAGGAGGCCCUCUUACCGUUACCGAUGCGAAUUUGUUAUUAGGACGCCUCAUACCAGAAUAUUUCCCAAACAUAUUUGGGCCAAAUGAAAACGAGGGGCUGGAUUUGAAUGCAACGAUCAGCGCCUUCAAGAUAUUAACUGAUCAAAUAAAUACCUUCUUGAAACAAAGUGACGGAAAAACGAUGACGAUGGAAGAGGUUGCAAUGGGCUUCAUUAAUGUUGCCAACGAAACUAUGUGUCGUCCAAUAAGGGCGUUAACAACAGCUCGUGGGUACGAUGCCCGCACACAUGCCCUGGCUUGUUUCGGAGGUGCGGGCGGUCAGCAUGCCUGCCAAGUGGCUGAGCGACUAGGUAUCGGAACUGUGUUCGUGCAUAAGUACGCUGGCAUACUCUCGGCUUACGGCAUCGCUCUGGCAGAUGUGGUACAAGAAACACAAGAGCCUUGCGCUUUGGUGUAUUGCCGGAAUAGUUUCGCCGAAAUCGACAUGAGAUUCAACGCGCUAUCUGCAAUCUGUAAAGACAAAUUAAAAAGUCAGGGUUUCAUGGAGUCACAAAUAGUGCUAGAACCGUAUCUUCACCUGCGUUAUGCGGGCACUGAUUGCUCACUAAUGGUGGCACCAUCGUUUGAAGAUUCUGCUCACUCUACACGGCAUGGCGACUAUUACACUGCUUUUGUCAAUAGGUACAAAAAUGAAUUUGGCUUUACACUCGCCGAGCGUGACGUUUUAGUAGACGAUGUGAGGAUUCGAGGCAUCGGUACGAGUGACGCAACAGAAUAUUUCGCACCACAGAGUGGUAAAGGGAUAGAACCACCCGUAGAAAAGAUCGUCCAAGUAUACUUCGAGGGUGGUUACCAAGACACCGCUAUAUAUUUGUUGGAGAAACUGCAUCCUGAACAAGAGAUUCCCGGCCCCGCUAUAAUAAUGGAUAGCCUUUCCACUAUACUGGUUGAACCAGGCAGUCAUGCUGACAUAACAAAAUUCGGUGACAUCCGUAUAACUGUGGGCGCAAGUCAAUCGAAGACUGUAACAGCUGAAUUGGAUUCAGUGCAGCUGAGCAUUUUCUCACAUAGAUUUAUGUCUAUUGCAGAGCAAAUGGGCAGGGUAUUACAACGCACAUCAAUAUCUGUGAACAUCAAGGAGCGCCUGGACUUCUCUUGCGCUUUGUUCGGACCAGAUGGUGGACUUGUAUCUAACGCUCCGCAUAUUCCCGUUCAUUUGGGCGCUAUGCAGGAAACUGUCCAGUACCAGAUGAAAGUGAGAGGAGACUCCUUGAAACCCGGUGAUGUGCUACUGGCAAAUCAUCCUAAAGCAGGUGGCUCGCAUCUUCCCGAUUUAACCGUCAUAACGCCGGUGUUUCACAAAUCUAGCAAUCUGCCGAUAUUCUUUGUGGCAUCCCGCGGUCAUCAUGCUGAUAUAGGCGGUCUGACUCCCGGUUCAAUGCCGCCGCAUUCUACCAGCCUUGCGCAAGAGGGCGCUGCUUUUAAAUCUAUGCUACUCGUUGAUGGUGGACUGUUAAAUGAAGAACUUCUUGUACAAGAACUGAUGAAGCCGGGUGAAGUGGAAGGUUGUUCCGGCACGAGGAACCUAUCUGACAACUUGUCUGAUCUGAAAGCACAAGUCGCAGCGAACCAACGGGGUAUCCAACUCGUCAAUGAACUGAUAAAUCAAUAUGGUUUAGACGUCGUACAAGGAUAUAUGGCGCAUAUUCAGCAGAACGCAGAGUUAGCAGUCAGGGACAUGUUGAAGGAAAUUGCCAAGAAUACAAUAGCCAAAACUGGUUCAACAGUUUUAGAAGCUACCGAGUAUUUGGACAGUGGUACCCCAAUUACUCUUACGAUUACCCUGGACAAAGACCUGGGCAGUGCCGUUUGUGAUUUCACACGUACAGGCAUAGAGGUUUGGGGUAAUUUGAACGCCCCGCGUGCGAUCACUCUAUCAGCAUUGAUAUAUUGUCUAAGAUGCAUGGUGGGACACGACGUACCUUUGAACCAGGGCUGUCUAAACCCUGUGAAGGUAAUAAUUCCAGUCGGUUCUAUAUUGGAUCCUUCCGAAGAUGCCGCUGUAGUGGGAGGAAAUGUUCUAACAUCGCAACGCAUUGUUGACGUUGUUUUCAAAGCUUUCCAGGUAUGCGCCGCAUCCCAAGGUUGCAUGAACAAUCUGACUUUAGGUGAAACCAGCUGGGGAUACUAUGAAACUGUGGCCGGAGGUAGUGGAGCUGGUCCCGGCUGGCACGGGACUGGCGGUGUGCACACGCAUAUGACCAACACACGCAUUACUGAUGUCGAGAUAGUGGAGAUCAGAUACCCCAUACUAGUGACCCAUUUCUCCCUUCGAGAGGGAUCCGGUGGAAGAGGUCAAUGGAAUGGUGGUGAUGGCGUGACACGCGAAUUAGUGUUUAGAAGAACGGUGCAGCUCUCCGUACUGACGGAGCGAAGAGCCUUCCAGCCUUAUGGGAUGAAUGGAGGUGAGCCAGGGGCAAGAGGUUUGAAUUUACUGGAGCGUGUCAACGGGAGGGUUAUCAACCUCGGAGGGAAGGCUUCUGUUGUAGCUUAUCCUGGGGAUAAAUACAUAAUGAAUUCACCCGGCGGAGGAGGUUAUGGACGUCCAUCAGACGUAAAUGAACCUAGCAAGCAGACUGAGAAACUGUACAGCGAGUUUUUGGAGAGGGGAAGCGUUUACGAAUACAGGAGUGCCCAGGAAUCUGUGUAAUUUGAUGGAAAUGGUAUUUACAUAUUUGAUCGGUAUUCUUAUAGAAGUAGAUUCCGUAAAGUGCAUUUUUAGCUUUUUGGUAGUCAUAUUUACAUUAUAAUCGCAAAAAUUCCUUAAUCUAAUUUGAUUAUAUUUUGUAGGUUCUGAUAGAACCUACAAAAUAUUAUCAGUUUAUUGAUUAGCGUUAUCUUUAAAUAUCAUAUAAUAUAAAUAGAUAAUUUCAGUGUUCGAUAACUUGUUAUAUAACUGAAGGAACGUGUCUCUGGCAGGUAGUAAUUAUAUGGACGUCGUAACUUUGAGGUGGCUUUACUAUAAAAAAAUAGUAACAAUUUUGUGCUUAAUUUAAUGUGAAAGAUAUAAGAGAAUUAUUUAUGAAUUCAUACUGUGCUGUUACAAGGUUUAUCUCCACCUCUUUUAAUCACUGUUUUAUAUCACCGAAGACAGAAGUCCAGCAUUCAGUGUCCAGAUUAUAUAUUCUCAACUAAUACUGAAUCUCUGUAUACAUCUACAAUAUUCACAAGUAAUAUUAUAUCACAUCACAUCAUUAUAUAUAAUAUCACAAGUAGUUUAAACAAAGUACAAAGUUCACAGAUAAAUGUAUGACAAUAGUUAUUUAGUCUGAGAUUCAUUUAGCUUUUACUUGGUUUCCCAAAGUUAGUAUUAAGCGAAGACAGUUUUUGCCACGUUUUAACUUUUUUUUGAGAAUAAAGCAAGGCUUAUGUAAUAAAGUAAGACGUACUUUGUACUGAAGGUAAAGCACGCUUUGUAGAAGUCAACUUUAGUGCCAUGGUCUUACAGUGUGGCAACUUAGUGAAUAUAUUUAUUACAAUAUUAUGUAUUAUAAUAUUAUGCAUAUUAAGAAAUAGUUAUUAAUGAUUACAAAUGCGUAUGAUUUUAAAGCCCGACCCAUAGGGUUUAAGAGCUUUAAGAUUUAUUUUAUCAUUUCGCAGAAAUAAAAGGCUGUGUUUAAAUCAUUCUACGUUUUUGUCAAUACAUUUAAUAUUAUUUUAUAUACAACUCGAAACUAAGUAACCACCUCUCCGAAUAUUCUUUUUUAUAAACUUUAUUGUAUAAGAAAAAAUACAAUGUACUAAAGG